AGCAAUUAGGCGGGAAAUAUUUCAAGAUUUUUUGAAGGUCUCUAAUGGCUUCGAGCCUUCUUCUUCCUUAGCAUUUCACUGUGCUUUUCUCUGCGGUCUUCGUAACUCUGCUUUACUUUUCCUUGAAAUAAAAAGUGGGGUUAUUCAGAGAGCAAUCAGUCUCCGUAUAAUUUCCCCAUUUCUAGGGUUUACACUCAACUCAAUUUUUUUUGUUUUUUUCAUUGUUUCACUUCUCAAUGAAUACUUUUUCUUUGAAUUUGGCUGACCCAAUCCGGGACGCAAUUUCAAGAAUCCGAUUCGCUCCACAUUCGAACAAUCUGCUUAUUUCUUCUUGGGAUUCUAGUCUUCGAUUGUAUGAUGUUGAUAGCUCUAAGCUUCGAAUGGAAGCUCCCAGCGAAGCUGCGCUCCUUGAUUGUUGUUUUGAGAACGAGAGAGUGUGCUUUAGUGCUGCUUCUGAUGGUUCAGUAAACAGGUAUGAUUUGGAUUCAGGUAUUAAAGUCACGGUGGGAAAUCAUGAUGAUUUAGCAACCCUAGUUGAGUAUUCUGCCGAAACAUGUCAAAUAAUUACUGCUGGUUGGGAUAAAAAGAUAAAUUUUUGGGAUGCUCGUUCAACAAAAUCUCAUGGAUGCUUGAACAGCUUAGUUUCAGAGGUGGAGUCAAUGUCACUAUCUGGCUUAAAUUUGAUGGUUGCUGCUGGGUCCUCAGUUAAUAUAUAUGACAUACGAAGUUUUAAGACAUCAGUUCACACGAAAGGCGUGAAAGUAAAAUGUGUACGGCCAAUUUUUAAUCCUAAAGGAUUUGUUGUUGGAUCAAUUGAUGGGCGAGUUCUUCUGGAGUACAUCUGCAAAUCCAACUCAAAUGAGGGGUAUGCAUUUAGAUGUCAUCCAAAGGUUAAAGAUGGGAGGCGUCAUCUUGUAACAGUUAACGACAUUGCAUUUAAUCCAUCCAUUAUAGGUUCAUUUGUUACUGGUGACAAUGAUGGCUAUGCCACCUUGUGGGAUGCUCGAGGAAGGAAACGGAUAUUUGAGAUGUCAAGAUAUCCCAACAGUGUCAUCUCUCUAUCAUAUAGCCAUGAUGGAUUACUUUUAGCAGUUGCAUCCAGUUAUUCAUACCAAGAAGCUAACGAAAUAGAAGAGGCACCUCAGAUAUUUAUACAUGAAAUGGGGAACUGUGAUCUUACGUCACCUUCUUCUGGAGCUUCAAACCAAAAAUGACUGCUAAUACACAACUCAGAUUAUGGUUGUUGCUCGUCUUUCCUUAUUGUAAGUGAGCUCUUAACCAGCAAAUUCUGCUGGUACCUGCGCACAAGUUGGCUUUUCCUGGCUCACCUUCUCUGGUAGCUAUCUGACUCUUACUGAGAUUACAAGGCAAGGACUCAACAGAAAAUUGGACACAGGAAUGUAGAAUUUUCAGACUGAUGUAACGUCUUGUCCAGUUGAUGUAUCGGUGUCUAGCAUAUUGUUUGCAGAGUGGAAUGUAUUUUCGAAUUUAAUUUUUCAUCAACAGUGAAAGGAAGUGCUCAUACCAAUAUCUCUUGUCAAAUUGAUUGAUUUGAGCCUAGUUUUUGUCAAAUUGAUUGAUUUUAGAUGAAUCUUAAUAUAUUUUAGGUCCUCACAUGGCUAAUGUGAAGUGACCCAUAUGUUCCUUUCUUCAAGAAUCAUAAGUUAUGUUCUUUAGCUUGGUUGAGGUUAUAAUAAACCUUUUCCAU